AUGGGUUGUGUGGUUCUGGUAAUACUACUUGUGAGUUUUGGUUUGAUUAAUGGAGAAUCAAAAGUAAGAGACUCAAAACCCCAUCCAUUGAGAAAAAUCACAGUUGAUUCAUUUGGGUAUGGAGAUUUCAAAACCAUUCAAUCUGCAAUUGAUUCUGUUCCUUCAAACAACAAGCAAUGGAUCUGUAUCUAUGUCAAGAGUGGCAUUUAUAGAGAGAAGGUUUUAAUUCCAAUGGACAAGCCAUUCAUUUUACUUCAAGGAGAAGGGAGAAAUAACACAAUAAUAGCAUUGGAUGAUCAUAUGACAUUAGCAGAAAGCCCUACUUUCAGUUCCUUUGCAGAUAAUUUCGCUGCGAAACAUAUAAGCUUUAAGAAUACAUACAACAUUGAAGAUCCAAUGGGGAAAAAUCCUCGGACGCCAGCGGUUGCUGCGCUGAUAGCAGGUGACAAGUCAUCAUUCUACAAAUGCAAUUUCUUUGGAUUGCAAGACACAUUGUGGGACAUGCAAGGUCGCCAUUACUUCAAGUCUUGCCAUAUUGAAGGAGCAGUUGAUUUCAUCUUUGGAAUGGGACAGUCCAUUUAUGAGAAAUGUGUGAUAUUUGUGAUUGCAGAGAAGCUGGAUCCUUAUGGGAGAUGGUUAUAUCCAGGCUAUAUAACAGCUCAAGGAAGAAAUAGCCCUACUGAUGCAAAUGGGUUUGUGUUUAAAAAUUGUGCAGUGUUUGGAAAUGGUGUAGCUUAUCUAGGAAGAGCAUGGAGAGACUACUCAAGGGUGUUAUUCUACAAUUCAUCUUUGUCUAACAUUAUAGUUCCUCAAGGAUGGGAUGCAUGGGACUUCGAUGGCCAUGAAUAUGACAUAACUUUUGCUGAAGUCAGUUGCUAUGGAUUGGGAUCAAACACUUCAGGAAGAGUGAGUUGGCUAAAGAAACUCAGCUACAGUACAGUGAUUAAUUUAAUUGACUUGAAUUUCAUUGAUACAGAAGGAUGGCUUAGAAGACAGCCAUUACACAAAAAUAUGCUGAAGCUAAUUGCAAUAUUUCUUAGUCUUAAUGCUGAAUUUACACUAGAAAGUUACAGAAAUGAGACAUUAAUUGUUGUUCUUAGUCUCAGCUAA